UCUUUUGGAACCACUUGGCAAUAAAUGUUGUGGUGGAUGAUUGGACAAUAGUCUGAACUAACAUAUUCGAGUUGCGCAGUCCACUAAUGUCGAAAGAAAGUGAACGCAACGCUACGCUGACGCGAUGUCUUCAGCCGCCAGUUUAGCCUCGUUCCCUUGCUUCUCCACUCGUUUUGCGUGGGCCGAAUUCAACGCGGGAAAUUCGAAUUUCGAACCAGAUAGAUGAUUUUUUUUAAUCAGCUCGUAGUUUUUGAAGUGUAAUACGAAUGUGAACAAUAAAAAAAUAAAAAUGGAUUUGUUGAGUGAAGGAAGCAGUGAGCCAAGGAUUUUAGCUGCUAGACAUUUAAGUGGAAAGACUUUGCCAGAGACGAAUAAUGCAGUGAAUACAACAUUAUCAUGUUACAAUUACAGUCUUACACCAGAUGUCGCGUCUUAUGUAGCAGCGCUGGGCAGCUACGCGUGGGUGACAUGGGCGUGCGCAGCGCUGGUGUUGGCCGUGAUCUGCACGCUGUACGUCUGCACGUUGCGAGCAGCUCGCCAGCACUGGAAGAUGUGCAGCUCCAACGUUGCUGUUCUCGUGGCCGUCUAUCCCGUAGUGGCAGCGGCGUCCCUGGUCGCCAUCAUAGUACCUCGCGCAUGCGUGAUUUGCGAGGCGCUCGCGCAGCAGAUCGUGAUGAUCGCGCUGUAUCACUUCUUCUGCAUGAUCCUCGCCGAGUGUGGUGGCCAGGACAAACUUGUGAGGAUGUCGGAUGAGACUCACUGGCAGACCCGUGUGCUCCCUUGCUGUUGUUGGCCGUGCUGCGUCCUCCCACAGCCACUGAUAAAAGCACGUAAUCUAACAUGGUUGCGGUACACGAUUCUGCAGAUACCCAUCGUUCAGGGUCUGAUCUACUUCGUCAUACUUGUGCUGUGGGCUGAAGAUAUGUCGCUGUAUCUCAAGAACUACACUUUCAUCCAGCCUCUCAUAGGCUUCUCCAUUCUGUUCGGGAUGUGGGGCGUGAUCAUGUGCGUCAGGACGGUGGAGACGUUCGGCAUCAGGCCGCGGCCGAGGUUCCUGGCCGUCCAGCUGGUGUUGCUCAUCGUGAAGCUGCAGUACGGGUCUGUCAAGUCUGUCACUGGCUACUUCGAGCUGCCGUGCGUCAUGUCCUUGCAUCCGGCCGUAUUUGUCAAUUUGGUCCAAAAUUGCGUGAUAAUCCUGGAGAUGUUGGUCCUAUCGCUGUGGGCCCAGCGACUGUACAGCGCGGCGCCGGGCAAGCCGGCCGCGGGCCGCGGCGCGCCGCCGCCCGCGCCGGACUGGAAGGAGGGCUUCGAAAAUAAGUCCUUUAAGUAACGCCCGCUCUCGAGUUCCCAGUUGUAUUCGGGGCUGUGAUGCCGCGAAGUCCAGAAGAUUUGGCUAUGAUUUUACAACCGGCCGCCUGCCUGACGUUAACCCUCAUUAGGAAUGAUAUUGUUGCCUAUCAGUUGCGAAGGCUCGUACGAUAUCUAAUGAGGGAUAUGGAGUGGUCCUAUUCUAGGGCGUGACUAAGCCGUUUAUGUUAUUUUAAAGCGGUGUAUUUUAUCUACCUACCCAAUAUUAAUCCAAGCGUACUUAACAUAUAAUGUGACCAAUCACAAAAUUAAGUACUGUUUCAAAUUCUUCUGAAUAAAUCAGUCAAAGUGAGUUGUAUUUUAUAUUAUUUACUAGCUUUUGUUAAUUUUCCUUUCAAGAAAAUAAUCGAAGUAAGAUCUUUACCGCGUACCUACUUUACAGAAGUGGUAAAAUGUAUUUAUUUUGAAUUCGUAUUGCCUCCCGUCUCAAGUUCAAUGUUGAUUUUGGCUCCAUUUUCCGUUACAUGUCUCAUUACAUUUCCCGCAAUAUGUCCCGUCACAUUUCCCACGACGUAUCCUAUCCCUUUUGCUGCAAUGUAUCCCAUACCGCUUCCAGCCAAAAUGUCCCAUCCAGUGUUCCGCAAUGUGUCCGGUUCGUGUCUCGUUCCAUAUCACGCCUACAUAUCUCAUCCCAUUUUAUGGAAUCUGUACCUAUGGGUUAAAAGCAUGCAGUUUAAAAUGACGAUGUUUUAUACAGGCAGACAGACAGAGAGACAAAAAAUGUUUUUAUGUAUAAUGUAUGUAUAUAAAAUAUAACAAAAUACGUACGGCAAUUAAUAAGUACGCACAUUCUCUGAAGUCAUAUAUGUGAUUGUUUAAGGAUUUUUGGAAAAUGUAGGUAUAUAUUAUUUGUGCCUGUUCUAUAGUAGUCGUAGUCUGUAAGUUUUUAGAAUAAUAGGUAUAUCCGUUUAUAGAUUGUCAUUUAAUAUUUGCAGAAAGUCUACUUUUAUACGUACAAACUAUCUAUGUAUCAAUGUUUAUACUUUACUCUGUUGUCAUUGUCAAUGUAUAAAUGUACUCGUAAGUAUAUAAAUAUAUAUUUACCUAUAUAAAUGAAGGCUGGUGCAGAUUGUUAAUGCGUGUGCAUUGCGUAUGUAUGCGCAAUGCGUAUCGGUGUUUAUUAUAUGGAGUUGAGGCUGCUGCGUUGCGUACGCGCGCUCGUAUUCGUACAAUGCUUACGCAUACAAGCGGCGUACGCAUUUUGUCUGUCUGCAGUCGAAUUAAUGGUAGAAUUGUCGAUGUACCUGAUUUUGUGUUGUAAUGAUUUAUGUAAGUAGUUAUGCGAAAAGAAAUGUGCUUUAUUUUUGAAUAAAUAUUUGUUUAAUGACAUCAA